UAUAUGCAUAGGAGGUGCCGUGAACAUGCUUGUCUGUUACUAGUAAACACUUUGGAGGAGGUUGUUUUUUUAUCCAAUAUUGUAAAAGAUAUAAGGAAAUAUGGCUAAUCCAAAUUUGACUGAUAUGACAGAGGAAGAUGCAGCUGAUCUGCAGUUUCCGAAAGACUGCUCAUUGAGUAGAACAGAAAAGAACGAACAUGAAAUAGAACUCGAGGUGUCAGUCGUGAAGGAUGAAAUCAUUACUUCAGACCCAACAUGCCGCGUGUGCACAUCUGCUUUGAUGGAGCCAUAUAUUCGUUGUGCAAUAUGUAGUAAUAUGGAAUUGUGUCCUUCUUGUUUCUCCAAUGGGUCCGAAAUUGGCAAUCACAAAAAUGAUCACGACUAUAUUAUUAUAAAAAAUGAGUUUCCACUAAUUGAUGGAAGUGGGUGGACUGCCAAACAAGAGCUACAGUUUCUAGACGUGUUACAGGAAUGUGGUUUUGGCAAUUGGGUUGAUAUGGCAAAAAGAAUGCAAGGAAAGUCCGCAGAAGACUGCAAAAAUCAUUAUCUUCAGCAUUAUAUUGAUAAUCAGACCCUACCAGGGUUGCCAAAAAUAGUAGAAACAAAAACAAGUUUAUUUUGGUGUGAACCCAUUCCUUACUUGUAUAAAUUACAAGACUUAGAGGAACCUCCUAGGUUCGCAUCCAAUACCCUUAACUGUAAACUUUUGGCUGGAUAUAAUCCAGCAAGAUCAGACUUUGAAGUGAAUUUUGAUAAUCACGCAGAAUUAUUGAUUUCUGACUUAAAUUAUGAUGAGUUUGAUACAACUGAUAGUAACUAUGAAUUAGGAAAAGAAUUACAAAUAGCCAUAGUGCAAGCAUAUAAUAACAGACUAAAAGAACGUGUAAGAAGAAGGAAAAUUAUACGCAAUCAUGGAUUAAUAGCAUUCAGAAGAACCAUAUCUUGGUUACAAAGAUAUGAGUGCACAAUAACUAGAACAUUGGCAGAAAGAUUAUUAAUUUUCAUGCAGUUAUUAGGAGGCAUAGAGUUUGAUUAUUUUAUGGAAGGUUUACACCGCACUGGUGAACUCAAGAAUUACCUCAAUAAACUCUUUGACUUCCGCAGUAAUGGUUUGAAACACUUUCAUAGUGUUCCUAUGUUUCAAAAGUUAAGCAAACUUAGACAGGAGAAUGAGAAAGAGAGAAAGCAAUAUUUAAAUAAUCCUGAAUAUAGUUGGAAGACUAUAUUGCCUGGUUGUAGUAUUAAUUUUAGUAGUACUAUACCGAGUACAAUAUCACAACGAAAAGCGGCACCGCCGCUCGUAAUUAAAGGUCUUCCAGGUUACGAAAAACUAAGCCCUGCUGAAAAAGAACUUUGUUCAACCACGCGCAUAGUUCCCGCUAAUUAUCUUGAUUUCAAGCAAAUUUUAAUAGCAGAGAAUAAAAAGAGUGGUUGUCUCAGAUUGGCACAGGCCAGAGUGCUCCUUAAAAUCGAUGUAAAUAAAACACGUAAAAUAUACGAUUUCCUUACAGAAAAAGGAUACAUAAAUAAACCAAAUCAAUGACGCACAUUUCAUUAAAAACUUAAAUCGGUGAUGGGUAACAGUGUGGUAGAUUCGAUAUAUUGCUGCAGAAAGAGAUAUUAGAAGUGGAAAAUUUUUGGAUUUGGCAAUAUAAAGAGAUGUUCUAUUAUGCAGUGUUUUAAAGAUUGCAAAGGACCUUGCUCACAGUGUAUCUGUAAAAAUGAUUUUAAUCAAAUUCGCUGUACCGUAUCUUUUAUAUUUUUGAUUUUUGAGAUGAGUCCAUAGGUCUAGAAUUUGAUCUAGACCACUUUUCAGGUACAAUGUUCCAGGUCCUAUGUAAAGUUGAAAAUAUCUGUAUGCAUAAAUUAAAAAAUUUGAAAACUUGAAAAUUUUUAAAUGCGAAGAAUUUAAUAUAAGAUUCGGUAUCAUUCAUUGUAUGUAUCGUGGUGUCCGUGAGAUCUUGUACAGACAUUUGACCUACCCAUCACUACUCUACAUUAUUUUUCAUAAAUAGAUAUUGUCAGGAUUGUGAUAUUAUUUAUUAAGAUUUAUAAUUAAGAAUUUAUAAUAAUAAUUGAACAGACUGAAAGCAAUAAAGCGAGUAUAUAGAAUAAUGUACAAACGGUAAUACAAUAAAUAAUAAAUUUAUGUGCCUACCAACGUGUACAAUGUGUAUAUAAAUACUACUAAUAUUUUACUCGUGCUUUGUACAAUGGACUGUAAUGUAAAAUUUAUUUUGUAUUGUAUACAUACAUUGAUAAAACGUAUUUAAGACUUGUAAAUGCUGGUAUUUAACGACACAAAUAUUUAACAAUAAAAUAAAACACAAUGAAUGAAAUUGUCCUUUAUUUAACGAACCGUAUUAAUCUAUUAAUAAGUACUCUAUGUAAGAAUAUAAUUUGU